GGCAAUGGCUCCUCGCCUCGCCUCAUUUGCUCCUGUUCCGUUUCGCUUCUUCCUGCACACUCGUUCCGUCUGUCCGCAAUUCAUCCGAAACAUACCUACUGUACUGUGCACUUCGUUACUCGUCUCCCCUUUUGCCACCCGCUCGUCCCGCGCUUGACCUAAGCACUCGCGCUCCACGGACUGCGCUUCCGCCAGUUUCACUACUCUCCCUCACCACCGCCAUAUCCAGACAGCUUUUUUAGAGCUUGUCCAGGCAGCUUUAGCACCUCAUUAGCUCCUACACACGGCGACUGAACGCAUCCUGAGAAUUGAUAGGGUUAUACGUGAGCUUUGUCCCCCGCGAUUGUCGCCGCGAUUGUCGCCGCGAUUAGCCGCCAGUCUUCCUGACUGACGCCAUGAACCGCAGGUCCGUUGCCCUCUCGCCCGCCAAGGAAUGGCGCGACCCAAUAUUCGCCGCGCCGUCACCAUCUCGCAAGGACACUGGACCGCUCACCACCCCUCGCCACCGAGAAACGCCGCUCUCCCCAUUCCGCUCCCCGCUAAUGGGCUCCGCCAUCCCCGCAAUGCCCGCGGGGUCUCCGCUCGGUUCGCACUCCCGCCGCGCCUUGGCCUCUCCGGUGCGGGACGUGCGCCAGGCGGAGCGCGGGGACCACGGCGGCGGUGGGGGAAACAUCAAGCGGCUGGCGCAACUCUGCAUUCUCCGCACCGCGCAAGCGCAACUCGACUCCGCAAAUCCCCGGCGUCCCCUGUCCUCCGCGCAACCCUCCCCCAUAUUUUCCGCCGAGUCCCCUGGCUCUCUGCUCUGUCAGGCUGGGAGCGCGCUCUCGUCCUCCGCUCAAGCGCGCGCAUCUUCCGAAACGGUUCAGGCGCCGUGCAGCGCGCCGAGCGGGCCCAUGUCCGCGCGGGAGGGCGCGGCGGACAUGUUCGACCCCUUUCUCCUCCCCGCGCCCGCCUUUCCGCUCCGCGACCAACCCUCCUCCCCUCCGCCCCUUCCGGUGCCACAAACCGCGCAAGUGCCUUCGGCGGAAGACACGGGCGCAAGUUCCGCGGACGGGGAAGACAGGUGUGGACUCGCGGGGCCUCCCCAGCGUGGUGAUGCUACGGCAGCCGCCAUGGCGGAAACCGCGGAAAAAAAUGUGACAAUGGCGAGGGAUGAAAGGCGUGAGGGAUUCUCGGCAGGGCAGGAAGCGAAAGGGGACGAACGGAUUCGGAUGGGGAUCGAGAAUGUCGCGCAGACGGGCGCAACGAGGGCGGACUCAACGCGCGCGGGCACUGUGCGCGCGGAGCCCACGCGCGCGGAUUGCGAGAAUAGGGGGCGCAUUGGCAGCAGGGGGAGCGCGGGGGGGAAGAGGGGCGACCACGGAUGGAGCGGAGGCAGCAGCCGUGAAGCGCAGAGCGCGUCCGUUCGAAGCACGCUCAUGGAGCUGGCGGCCAAUAAGAAGCUGCCACAUGGCCCGCGCAAGGGCGACCCGAUGUACGAGUGCAAGCGCUGCCCCUUAGCCUCCCCCGCCCGCUCCCCGCUGUCCGGUUCCGCCGCCCUGACCCCCGCCCUAACUCCCCCCGUGCACCUCCCCUCCCGCCUGCACAUUCCCGCUGCGCUCACUGGCGUGACCCGCGGGGCGAAUGUGGGGGUAGGGAUGGGGAGAGUGGGACUCAUGGCGCCUAGCAGUUGCGGCAGCAGCCCCAGAGGGGAAUCUUCCUCCCUGUGGGGUCAGCAGCAGCAGUACCAGCAGCAGCAGCAGCCGUGGCGGCAUCAGCAGCAGCAGCCGCAGCAGCAACCCCGCCAGCAGAAUCACCCAAAAGAGUCACAAUAUGAAGAAGAGUUUCAUAUCUCUGGUGUGAGUCACCUCACCCUGCUGUCAAGCCAUGCCAGCUCAGCAGCCACGUGUCCCAGUGGUUCCAUCACUCUCCUUCAAGCCCAGCUGGCAUCGGCCUCUGCUCGCAGACUCGGUAGGAGAAACAGCGGCAGCACGACUGGUGUAGCUGCUGGCAUGGUUAACAUGGGUGGAAUGGGUGGCACUGGUGGCAUUGGUGGAGUGAGUGGCAUGGGUGUUCAUGUCACAUCGAAGGGAGUUAACCGUGCACCGUCUCCAAAUCGCUCUGCAAGGCGUGCCAUACUCUUUGGAGGUGGAAAUUAGGGCAGUUUACCCUAGCACAUCACAUAGAAACUUCUAUUUGUGUAUCUGACAUCUGACACACGCGAGGUUUAGCCCACUGUUUUUGCUUGCUUUAGAACGUGGUAUUCCAAACCUUGUUUUUUUUACUUGUAUGUUUACCUUUAUGAC